GGCCUGGGGUUCCCCGGCCCCGCCCCUGCUGCACUCCCCCCGCCCGCGAGGCCGCGCGCUGCCCGGUCCUGCGCUACCCAGCGGGAGGGGCUGGACCCCGCGUUCCUCCUCCCUGCGGGUCCCCAUCCUUAAAGCGAGAGUCUGGACGCCCCGCCUGUGGGAGAGGGCGCCGGGAUCCGGACGGGGAGCAACCGGGGCAGGCCGUGCCGGCCGAGGAGGUCCUGAGGCUACAGAGCUACCGCGGCUGGCACACGAGCGCCUCGGCACUAACCGAGUGUUCGCGGGGGCUGUGAGGGGAGGGCCCCGGGCGCCAUUGCUGGCGGUGGGAGCGCCGCCCGGUCUCAGCCCGCCCUCGGCUGCUCUCCUCCUCCGGCUGGGAGGGGCCGUAGCUCGGGGCCGUCGCCAGCCCCGGCCCGGGCUCGAGAAUCGAGGGCCUCGGCCGCCGUCCCGCAGCUCAAUACAUCGCCCUUGCCGGGCAGCCCGGGCAGAGACCAUGUUUGACAAGACGCGGCUGCCGUACGUGGCCCUCGAUGUGCUCUGCGUGUUGCUGGCUUCCAUGCCUAUGGCUGUUCUAAAAUUGGGCCAAAUAUAUCCAUUUCAGAGAGGCUUUUUCUGUAAAGACAACAGCAUCAACUAUCCGUACCAUGACAGUACCGUCACAUCCACUGUCCUCAUCCUAGUGGGGGUUGGCUUGCCCAUUUCCUCUAUUAUUCUUGGAGAAACUCUGUCUGUUUACUGUAACCUUUUGCACUCAAAUUCCUUUAUCAGGAAUAACUACAUAGCCACUAUUUACAAAGCCAUUGGAACCUUUUUAUUUGGUGCAGCUGCUAGUCAGUCCCUGACUGACAUUGCCAAGUAUUCAAUAGGCAGACUGCGGCCUCACUUCUUGGAUGUUUGUGAUCCAGAUUGGUCAAAAAUCAACUGCAGCGAUGGUUACAUUGAAUACUACAUAUGUCGAGGGAAUGCAGAAAGAGUUAAGGAAGGCAGGUUGUCCUUCUAUUCAGGCCACUCUUCGUUUUCCAUGUACUGCAUGCUGUUUGUGGCACUUUAUCUUCAAGCCAGGAUGAAGGGAGACUGGGCAAGACUCUUACGCCCCACACUGCAAUUUGGUCUUGUUGCUGUAUCCAUUUAUGUGGGCCUUUCUCGAGUUUCUGAUUAUAAACACCACUGGAGUGAUGUGUUAACUGGACUCAUUCAGGGAGCUCUGGUUGCAAUAUUAGUUGCUGUAUAUGUAUCGGAUUUCUUCAAAGAAAGAACUUCUUUUAAAGAAAGAAAAGAGGAGGACUCUCAUACAACUCUGCAUGAAACACCAACAACUGGGAAUCACUAUCCGAGCAAUCACCAGCCUUGAAAGGCAGCAGGGUGCCCAGGUGAAGCUGGCCUGUUUUCUAAAGGAAAAUGAUUGCCACAAGGCAAGAGGAUGCAUCUUUCUUCCCAGUGUACAAGCCUUUAAAGACUGCUGCUGCUGCUAUGCCUCUUGGAUGCACACUUUGUGUGUACAUAGUUACCUUUAACUCAGUGGUUAUCUAAUAGCUCUAAACUCAUUAAAAAAAACUCCAAGCCUUCCACCAAAACAGUGCCCCACCUGUAUACAUUUUUAUUAAAAAAAUGUAAUGCUUAUGUAUAAACAUGUAUGUAAUAUGCUUUCUAUGAAUGAUGUUUGAUUUAAAUAUAAUACAUAUUAAAAUGUAUGGGAGAACCAAA